GGGGUGCAGCAUGGAUUAGUGAGGCGACACUUUAUUUCUUUAUUUGUAUUUUUAGGUUUCCACCACAAACGGGCGAGUGACCGAGGGAGAGCCUCCUGAGAACAUUUGCACCUGUUACUCCUCUCCUGCAAGCCUCCACGACCUCGGCCAGGAUGUCCGGCUCGCACACGCCAGAGGACGGCCUCUAUGGCUCCUGGGUGGAACUGGAGGAGCUGAUCGCAGCCGUUAGCCGCAGGGAGAGUCAAUCAGGGCCGCAGGAUAGCAUCUCCUCUGCCCUGCAGGGGGAGCUAGAGAGGAUCCUCCUGGAGGCGCAGCUGGAAUGUGAGAGGAAUCGAGACAGUCCCCCGCAGGUCGUGACCCCGCAGACGGCUGGUUCCCCCAGGCCCCCCAGUGACCCCGACAGUGACUGUAUCACCAUACAGGAGGAGGGUGACAGGAGAGACACUGAUUGGGUGUGGGACUGGUCCAGCAGGCCCGAAAAUAUGCCACCAAAAGAGUUCGUGUUUCAGCACCCGAAGCAGCCGAGCUCUCUCAGCGUCCGAAAGACGGAAGUGAUGAAGAGGGGGAUCUUUUCAUCGGACGUGCUCCUCAUCCUCGUUCCUUCGCUGCUGGCUUCCCAUCUCCUCACGCUCGGCAUCGGCAUCUACAUAGGAAAGCGUUUGGCUUCUUCCACAACUAGUACACUGUGACAUUAGCUCGAUGCCAACCUCCCCCUCACCCCCGUGUCCCCUAAUCGCUAACAUGUUGGCCAGUAAGGUCAUGUCCUCUUCUUCAUCACAACCAUAGUACCUCGCCUCUUUGCUAUUGUGUGUGUGUGUUUGUGUGUGUGUGCGUGCGUGCAUGUGUGUGUGUGUGUGUGUGCGUGUUAGUUGUGCAUGUUGUACAGCCCUAAGGGGAGGGUAGGAGAGGUGGUGUAUGAAUGGACGCAAGCCAAUGAGUCAGACUGAGGUCACUUUUGCCUCUAAAGAAUAACCAGAGACAUUGUCCACAUGAUACAACAAAAGGAGAAUUUCCUCAUCUAAAAUAAAAGAACAAAAUCAAUCUUUGUCUGAAGCAAUGAAAAAAUAUGUUAGCCCUUCGGACAACCUUGAAUAAAAAGCUGUCAUUUGUCACAAGCAAUUGCCAUUUGUAAAAAAACUAAACAAAAAAAAAAUGUUUUUUUUUCUCUGCCAUAUAUUUAAAGUAGAAUUUCCUUUUUUUUUUUUGUGAGAGUAGGAGUGCUUGUCCUUUUUGUGUCCCCUAAUCGCAUUAAAUAUUUAACCUCCCACUAAGACAAUUUCAGUCCCAUUAAACAUCACUCCUCCAAAACUCAAAGUGCUUGUUGGCUCUUUUAUUCUCCCCUCACACACGUCCAUUUUUCUACAAAAUAGUAUUGUAGCCCUAGGAAUGAUGGUCAUGUUGUAAAUAAACAAAACAAAAAAAACAUGCUGAUAAAAAAUGGUAAAAAUUGGAAAAAAAAGAUUCAGUUAAAAUGGGUUUUGUUUUGAGAAAAAAAAAUUGCAAUGCUAUGAGAAAAUUGUGUUUUGUCAUAAUAGCAAAGUGGGGAAAAUAAGAGCAAAAUUAUUAUUAUUUUUAUUUUUUUUUGUCCUGUCCAGCUUCUCAGGCAAAUCAUAUAGUUGAUGUAGAUGCCCAUAUCGGCUGUUCAGAUUUACUUUACAAAAGAGAAGUGUAGGAUACUUCUCUUGUUGCCUUAUUUGAAUUUGACUUUAUUAAAUGUAUUUAUAUUAUCAUUUGGUGCAGCCGGGCCGGAGCAGGAGGGGAUAGAAA